GACUGCUGAGUGGAACCUUUCGUCUUAUCGCUUUUUAUAAUAGGGGGAUUGAAGUCGAAGGCAGUUAAUCAAAAUGCCUGAGGAGAUGGCGGACGGUGGGAGAAAACUUGUAACGCUCGACGACCUCAUCGAUGCCCUGGAUAAGCGCGAGAGAGCGCCGAGCAAUGUCCCGAAGGUCGAUACUUUCCACUUCAAGGGAGAGCGGGUGUCUGACUGGCUGGACCUAACGAAGCAAGCACUGGUGGGGUUGUCGAACGAGAUCAAGCUCCAGCAAGUCCUAAGAUAUGUUCUUCAUAGCCACCAUCAGGAAGUGGGCAAGGUCGUGGAUGCCGCCAAUGGUAGUUGGGCGAGGUUCAGGGACAUGAUGCAAAGAAAGUACAGGUUGGGAGAUGGCUUGCUAACCAUGGCGGAUUUGGAGGCCACGCACAAGGAUGACUUCUCCACGAUUGGGGCGUUUGUGCACGAGUUUAAAAGGAAGGCGCAGAAGGUGCACGGGAUCUCCGAAGAAACGCAGUAUGCCAUAUUUUUGGGUCUGCUUACUGGCUCGGAGGCCUCGGAGCUGACGGGUCACAGAGGGGGAAAUGAGAAACUCACCUGGGCCACUAUCGACAAAGGGGUGGAAGAGGGGAGCCUGGACCAGGUGGAGCAGCACCAGGUGCGGCUGCAAAGGCGCAAGAGGAAGGAAAGGGACGCCACCACGUCCGGGACCCCAGGGGUGACGAGGAUCGUCACGGACGUAUUGGCAGUGUUGGGGUAUGAUAAUGAGGCGGAAGUGCAAAAGAGGGGAGUGGCCGUGACCCAAGGCCGGGCGUUGGGGGCAGUGGAAGAGGAGGCUAGGCGCGAGGAAUAUGGCGUGGAAGAGACGGGCUCCCAGAUCCUAACCAAGACCCAGAGGAAGCAACGGAAUUUACAAGCGGGGGGUCAAGGAUCCGGAAAAGGGCAGGUCCCACAACCAAUUGCUGCGCCGCCACCUGCUACCACGACAACGUCAGCGACGGCCGGGCCGUCAUGUAUGGGGCCGCCGCCGGCUUGUGGGCAUUGGGAGAAAGAAGAGUUGGCCAUAAAAGUUGAGGAGAUUGUGGGAGAUAGCGAGGAGGUCACUCAGCGACUAAAGGUGGGGACUAUAAGAGAGGAGCCAAUAGUCGUUGAAUCGGACGAUGAGGGACAGAAAGGCGAAAGAGAGCCGACCACACUCCUCCUGGGGCGGAUGGAAGAUCUGCUGGAAAAGGUGGGGAGAUACCAGCGGAAGCUGCAAGCCCUGUGUGAAGAAGCCCGAGAGUGGGAGGCCAACCUGCCUGAGGUCUUCCUUUAUGACUCCGGGCUAGAGCCUUCGCCAGGACAACAAGGGUGCCCAAGAGUGGCGACUGUAGGGACGGGCCCUAGGUCAGGUAUGACCUAUAGACCCCCCACGUCGCAUGGGAGGGUGCCGCAGGCGGCUCGGACCAGAAGCCAAAAUAAGGUUGGGCCUAGUCAAGAGCCCAGUCAGGUGCCUAGUCAGGCACCCCCUCAAAAGGAGCCAGAGCCUGGACGUAGGAAGGAGGUGGUGGAGGUUCCGGAGGAAGAGGAAGAGGAUGACGAUGAAGAGGAUGAGAGGCUCCGACAAGAGGAGGAUCAGCGGGCGGAGUUGAGGGCCAAAAAGAGGGGGCCCCAGGAGGAGGCUGAGCCAAGCCUGCCCGACAGCGUGCCUAAGAGGAAGAAGUACGCAGUCCGGAUGGAGGAAGGCUUUGAUGUGGAGCGGAUGGUGGACAAACUCCUGGAAGGCCAUAAUGACUUGAUGAACCUAAAGGACAUCCUGGCGUCGGCGCCAAGGCUCCGUGGUGAGUUGAAGGGGCGACUGUCGCGAAGGCURGUGCCAAAUGUCCAUCURAGUACGGUCCURCCUAGAGAGGUGGAGUGGACUGAGGCAGGGACAAGGAUGGAUUGGAAAUGUGUGGCGUGCGGGCAGGUGGAUUUGGUGAUAAGGAACCAGAAGUGUACCGGGAUGGUGGAAACGGGCGCAGAGAUGAACAUCAUCAGGGAGAAGGAGGCAGUAAUGAUAGGCAUGAAAAUCGACCGCUCGGAUCAUGGCAUGCUGCACGGCGCUAACUGCAAGGCCGCCUUUUGCGGCACAGCGUCAAAUGUGAUUGUGGAGAUURGGAAGGUGCGAGCCAGGACUUGCUUUUUCGUUAUGCCCGAUGUCGAUCACCCCAUCCUUCUGGGGUGGUUGUUCCUGUGCCAGACGGAAAUGUUGAUCUUCAACAAGCACGACGGAACAAUGAUCCUACUCCUGUGCGACCCGGUGUGUGGGAAUUAUGAAGUGAUCACCCGCCGGAACACGGGGCCGGGGAGCGGGAGGAAUAGGCCCAAUCUAGGCUCGUUCACCUUUGAGGUAUCAGAGAACGAGCGGAGACGGCUUUGGGAAGUGCCUGAAGAGAAAGACAGAGCCGAGGUAUUGACGCUAAGCCUCACGGACGUGAACAAGACCAUGGAGGUGGUAUCGGCUCACGACAUGGCGGAUCCGGAGGCCAUUAAGGCAUUGAGGGAACAAGUUUUGGAGAACCCUCAGGGGGACUUCGGUCGGAAGGGCUCGUUCAGUCGUGAGGCAGGAGAGAUUCUAAUUCCCGAAAGCCAGGACGACGAAUUUGAAGAGGGAGAGGUCAAAGAGGCGUUUCGGACAGAGGAGUACGAUGGGAUUUACCGGGAAUUGGGGUUGCUCCUAUCAUGUGAGAUGAAGGAUAAAGAUGUUAGUGUCAAGGCCCAGAAGAUGAGGCACCUCUAUGUGGCAGCGCGAACGAGGAAUCAAGCCAAGGCCAGUACCAGCCAAGAGCCUCUGAGGGGGGAACACGAACCAGGAAGGAGGAAGGAGGUUGUGGAAGUAGAGGACGACGAUGGCGAAGAGGAAGAGGACGAGAGGCUGCGCAGAGAAGAGGAUCAGAGAGCGGAGCAGCGGGCAAGGAAAAAGGGGAUCAGGGAAGAGGCCGAACCAGUCAUACAGGACGGACCGCCCAAAAAGAAGAAAUACGCGGUCCGGUUGGAAGAAGGAUUUGACGUAGAGAAGGUGAUUGACCGGCUGCUGGAAGGGCAUAAUGACCUCAUGACCCUGAAGGAAAUCCUAGCGUCAGCCCCGCGACUCCGCGAUGAACUAAAGGGGAGGUUAUCACGGCGCCUGGUACCCAAUGUCCACCUGGGUACGAUCCUGCCCAAGGAGGCAGAGUGGGUAGAGUCAGGUACGAAGAUGGACUGGAAGUGCGUAGCCUGUGGUACGGUGGAUUUGAUGGUAAAGGGUUCCAAGUGCGCAGCAAUGGUGGACACCGGGGCACAGAUGAACAUUAUUCGGAAGGCGGACGCAAUCACAUUCAGGCUGGAUAUAGACCGUUCUGACUGCGGUAUUCUGCAUGGAGCCAGCUGUAAGGCCAUGUUUUGCGGAACAGCCUCGAAUGUGCUCGUCGAGGUUGGAAAGGUGAAGGYCAGGGCAUGCUUCUUCAUAAUGUCAGACGUGGACCAUGGAAUCCUCCUGGGGAGGAGGUUUAUUUUGAGAGUGGAUCCGACCGCCCUCACCUACUCUCUAAGGAAUUACGUUCCAUCGGAUCCGACGAUUGCCAGAUGGCUGAAGUACAUCUGGAUGUUCAAUUUCGAAUUGGAACGGAUUUCUGGUAGUAAGAACCGGGCAGACGGGCUGAGUCGGAUCAACUGGGAUAAGCAGGAAGGGGAGGCGGUGGAGAAUACGCCCCCAGUUGAUGGAUUUUUGGAUCAGGAAGAAGAUGUUCGUCUUCAUAUCAACAAAUGGUCGCCGCGAGUGCCUAACUGUGUAGGUUAUCCUAUUUGGCAAGCGCCGAAGGGGUAUGAAAGGAGGAAUGAGUUAGUCCUUAAGCCCUUUAAAGAAGAGGAUCCCUGGGGCGGUAAGGAUGUUCAGUGGAUGAUGGAAUUAGCGCUGGCCAGCUCGCAUAGCCUGGUGGAGGAUAUGAGGACGAUUAAGGAAGGACCUGGCCAGGUAAAACGACAUGAGGACUUGAUGGGAGGAAUGUAUCUCCUCGUCAAUACGUUAUUGCAGGAAAUCCUAGACCAGUCAGACUCGUUGAACCCGACAGGGAAUGUGGACGAAAUACCCGAGAGCCAGGACGACGAGUUCGAAGAAGGGAAAAUUAAGGAGGCUUUUCGUGCAGAGGAGUACGACGGGAUUUACCUAGAGCUGGGGCUUCUUCUGUCAUGUGAAAUGCGGCUAAGAGAUGCGAGCGAUUGGGCUCAAAGGAUGCUGCAACGCUACUUAGUGCGAGACGGUCACCUUUUCGAUCUGGAAGUUAACCUGUCAUUUGAAGAGUUGCUCGAUAUUCGGGCGCGGCAGGUUGGGGCAAUAGAAGAGAGGAUCCAGGAGGCAUCUGACCAGGUGGCGAAAAGCCGUAUGGAUAAUAAGGCUCGAUGGGAUCAGUUUGCGCGAGUAAGGAAAGUACCCUUGGCAGUCGGGGAUGUCGUGCUUCGAUACGAUACAUCGCUGGAGAAGCAGUGGUCAAGGAAGCUCGAUAAGAGAUGGUUAGGUCCCUACCGAAUUGCACGGGUCGGAGACUUCGGAGCGUACCAGAUCGAGGAGUUAAAUGGGACUGAGUGGAAGGAUUGGGUAUCUGAAACGCGACUGAAGAAAUUCGUGGCGAGAGAAGAGGAACUUAGGGCUUUGGUGGCCAGCCAGGCAGCUAUUAUUGAGAGCUUGAGGCAGCAAACCCAGGGAAAGGCGGACAGACCAGAGAGCAGCCGGCAGGGAGAGCAGAGGCAGCCAGGACAGGGAUUGCCAGGACAGCCAUCUGCGACAGAGCCUCGCCAGGAGCCGCCUAUGGGGAGAGUUAUCCUGGAGCCAGAGGAGGCGAGAUCCCAGAGACAGGCAGAGAGAGAGGCGUUCGAGUUUAGAGCCCCUACUGAGCUCGCGACGCUGCCGGUGGCGGCGGCAGGCCCGGUCGUACCUUUGCCAGUAGAGGAGGGGCUGCCACCAUCUAGCAGUGAGUCGGCUCAGGGCUCGGCAGAGGGAUCCAUGAGCAUGCUCCUUGAGACGGUGCAUACUAUGCGGGAAGAGGUGAGUUUGUUUUCACCUGAGCAGAGGAUAGAAGAGCCUCUUGAGAGAGAGAUGGGGAUUGAGGAGGAGGGUGCCAUCGAGGGUAGACUCCAGCGGAUAGGCACACCUGAGUAUGGACCAGAGGAGAUUGAGGAGCAGCCCAUGGCAGUGCCAGGGGCGACACUCGAGAGGAGGCCUCAGAGGUUGGACACGCCCGAGUACGUCCCAGCGACAGAGGAUUUGAGAGGCAGGCUAGGAUCUUGGGCUACUGGAUCUAGGUCUGGUGGACCGGUUCCUGGGAUAGAGCAGCAGGAGGUCGCUAGUACCGCAGCUCCUCAAGCAGAGCAGCAGGGAAUUGUCAGUACCUUGGUGGGAUCUCCUUCAUCGCCACCUCCUCAGCCCAGGAAGAGGAAGUUCAAAAGAAAGGUAGAUCAGCUAUGUUUUUACUGCAAAAGGGACGUGCAUCUGGCUUUGGACUGUCUCGAGUUUCUUGAGGAUAAGGCAGCAGGGAAGAUCUCAGAGGUAGGGGGUAAAAUUCGUCAGGAGGAGGCCGAGCUAAGCCUGCCCGACGGCGUGCCUAAGAGGAAGAAGUACGUGGUCCGGAUGGAGGAAGGCUUUGAUGUGGAGCGGAUGGUGGACAAACUCCUGGAAGGCCAUAAUGACUUGAUGAACCUAAAGGACAUCCUGGCGUCGGCGCCAAGGCUCCGUGGUGAGUUGAAGGGGCGACUGUCGCGAAGGCUGGUGCCAAAUGUCCAUCUAAGUACGGUCCUGCCUAGAGAGGUGGAGUGGACUGAGGCAGGGACAAGGAUGGAUUGGAAAUGUGUGGCGUGCGGGCAGGUGGAUUUGGUGAUAAGGAACCAGAAGUGUACCGGGAUGGUGGACACGGGCGCAGAGAUGAACAUCAUCAGGGAAAAGGAGGCAGUAAUGAUAGACAUGGAAAUCGACCGCUCGGAUCAUGGCAUGCUGCACGGCGCUAACUGCAAGGCCGCCUUUUGCGGCACAGCGUCAAAUGUGAUUGUAGAGAUUGGGAAGGUGCGAGCCAGGACUUGCUUUUUCGUUAUGCCCGAUGUCGAUCACCCCAUCCUUCUGGGGUGGUUGUUCCUGUGCCGGACGAAAAUGUUGAUCUUCAACAAGCACGACGGAACAAUGAUCCUGCUCCUGUGCGACCCGGUGUGUGGGAAUUAUGAAGUGAUCACCCGUCGGAACACGGGGCCGGGGAGCGGGAGGAAUAGGCCCAAUCUAGGCUCGUUCACCUUUGAGGUAUCAAAGAACGAGCGGAGACGGCUUUGGGAAGUGCCUGAAGAGAAAGACAGAGCCGAGGUAUUGACGCUGAGCCUCACGGAUGUGAACAAGGCCAUGGAGGUGGUAUCGGCUCACGACAUGGCGGAUCCGGAGGCCAUUAAGGCAUUGAGGGAACAAGUUUUGGAGAACCCUCAGCGGGAGCGAGGGUUGAUACGGCGUAUGCGGGAGCACGCGUUGGUCGGGCCGUGCCGUAUCAACGACGAAAAUGAGGAGAAGCUGAUAAUUGGGGAGCCCGACUUCCUGUCGCCCCAGGAGAGAGCGUUAAUGGUGGGGCUGAUAAAGAAAAGGCACCGCGCGUAUGCAUUCAACGACGACGAGCGUGGGAGGCUGGAUGUGGACAAGAUCCCGAUGAUCAGGAUCCACACGGUCUCACAUGAGCCAUGGAAUCUAAGGGGCGCGCGGUACCCCAAUCCGGACGAGGAAAAGAUGGUGGUGGACUACCUGGACGGCAAGAUGCGGAUGCACGUGGCCGAUUAUUCCAGUGGGUCGUACGCGUCGCCUUGGUUUUGUUUUAUUAAACCAAAUGGGACGCUAAGGUGGGUGCAGGACUUGCAGCGGCUAAAUGCAGUGACAGUGCGGGACGCGAGAGGAUUGUCGAACGAGGACGCAUUGUCAGAAUCGUGUGCAAGGAGACCUAUAAUCUCGCUUAUAGACCUCUACUCGGGGUAUGACCAAUUCCCCGUAUACCCGCCAGAUAGGCCCGUAACGGCAAUGCACACUCCCAGAGGGCUGAUUCAUAUGAACGUGGUGCCUCAAGGUUGGACGAAUGCAGUGGCGAUGGUGCAAAGGCACAUGAUCAAAGCCAUGCAGACGGUCAGCCCACAUAUCACUCAGCCCUAUAUCGAUGACCUGGCGGUCAAAGGUCCGAAGGAGAAGAAGGAAGACAAAGUGAUGCCCGGUGUACGGCGAUUUGUCUGGAAGCAUGUCCAAGACAUCGAUCGGGUUCUGGGGUUAUUAGAGGAACAUAACCUGACGGCGAGCGGCCCCAAGUCGAAACAUUGUAUGAGGGAGGCCACGAUUCUAGACUUUGUCUGUAAUGAGAGUGGGCGAAGGCCUGAUGUAAAGAAGACAGACAAGAUCCUUGAGUGGUCGGUGCCCUUCCGCUCAAUAACAGAUGUGAGGAGCUUCCUUGGAACGUGUGGAUUCUGGAGGAGCUUCGUGAAGGACUUUGCCACGAAGACGGAGCAUUUAAGGAAGUUGAUGCGCCAGGAUCAAGAAUGGGUCAGGGGCGAAGACCAGGAAGAGGCGGUCGGUAGGAUGAAGGGAGAGUUUAAGGAAGGAGGCUUGGUAUUGGGGGUGCCAAAUUAUGAGGCCACGGAGGAAAGACCAUUCGUCAUUGAGACGGACGCUGGGCCAACUUCCUUGGGAUGAGUCCUGAUUCAGGCAGAUACU